ACCCGAGAACCGACCACUAACGACCUUGACCUGACGCGACCCAUUUUCCGUCGAUAGAGAGAUUCAUGUUGGCUAUCGCGGCUGCCGAAUUCAUCGUCCCUCGACUUGUUACCAGCUUGACACACUGUCGCUUGGCUUCUAAAAUGACAGCUCCGACUGCUCUUCACGACGAUAUCAAACCCCUGGCGUGGUUGUUGGGGAGAUGGAAGGGGGACAACGGCGUCGGUGAAUUCCCCACCAUCAAGGACUUUAACUACGGCGAGGAGUUGUAUUUCUACCACACUGGGCAGCACUACAUACACUUCCAAACUCGUUCCUGGGAUGUGAACACAAAGAAACCCAUGCAUGGUGAAACCGGGUUUAUUCGACGGCAAGCAGACACAAACCACGUCGCCAUCACAAUAGCAACGAAUAUAGGUUUCAGUGAACUUGAAGAAGGGGAGGUAAAUGGUGAGGAGCUGAAUACAGAGUCUCGAACUGUAGCGGGCAUGAGCUUUUUCCGGUUGACGCCAGCGACCAAGAUCAAACGUCUCAUACGACGUGACGGGGACAGCCUGGAGCAGACGUUGUGGAUGGCGACGGAGAAGACGCCCCUGACGCAGCACCUUAAAAUCCGCUACUCCAGGAUACAGGAGGAUGCAGCUGAACUGAAGAGCGUCCUGUGAUCACAGUUCAGAUUCCUCGACCUGAGUCACACCGACAAAAGCAGAUUGAAAUAAUGUGAUGGCAUAGGUUGUCUACGUGUUGCAGGUUGAUUAGAUUUAUUGUGAGAACCAAAGUAAGGUCGCGAGGAAAUAUGGCAGUCAUGAAAUUGGAUGUCACUUUGAAUGUUUACUCAGAUUUUCAUUCCUUUACAUUUAUUUGUAAACAUUGAUUGGCAUGAGUAUGUUUUGUGUCAAAUUACAGGGUAAUUACAAACUUUUCAUAUAAUACCGAACUGAUUUAAAAAAAUAAUUUGUUCACAGAAUUCAGAAUCGAUUUAGAGACUGUCAAAUUGUCCAUGGAAUUCUGAACCGAUGGUCUGAAAGUAAUAUCGCUGAUAGAGAAGACGCCCUUGGCGCAGCACCUCAGUCUCUGCUACUCCAGGCGGAUGCAGCUGAACUGAAGGGCGUCCUGUGACCUACCCACAAUCACAGACCAGACUCCUGGCCUUGCACAUAUAAGCUGAAUCAAACAAUGUCAGGGCGUGAAACCUUUACGUCAAGAAGAUGGAUUGGAUGAGAUGCAUGAACCAACAUUGAGUCGCGUAGAAAUAUGGUUGUCAUGAAUGGGUAUGUCACUGUGAUUUCAUUAGUAUUUUUGAAACUGAUCCAUGUAUUAACAAGAAGGUGUAGUGUAUGGUUUACUUUUUCAUCACGAUUGUGAACAGACACGAUGGCACGGCGUGAACCGCAGUGAGUGUACCAACCACUCCCUAACCAGUAUAUUAUUAAUGGUAGCAGGUUCAACUGUCUAUUGGUGUGACUGUUAUCACGUUUCAUGUCAUGCAUAUCUGCCUUCCGCACAUCGAGGUCAAUUGCUAACAACCUUACUUAUAUCAUUACGAAUUCUACGUCAUCUUUCACUGACGAAAUGUCAGCAGCUGACUGUAUCUGAUUCUCCUGUAGAUCUGAAAUGGUAAACAUCACAGUAACCCUGAACUAUUCUUUGGUGGGACUCCUAUAUAAAAUAAAGGAGAGGACAAAUAAGGCAUCGUAUUUUUUUAUAAUCACUUGACCUUUCUGCCACGCAUUUAUUAUUUCAAGAAUUAGUGCCUGGAGGCCCUUGACUUAUUUAAAGUCGGAAAGAUAAUAAGAAAUAUCUCCUCAAACUGUUUGAACUGGAGUAUGGCUCUAUCACCUAUGGUGGGGCCUGUAAGUAAAAUUUACAAAACCUAGCUGCCAUUCAUCAUCGGUGUCUUGUUGUGUUUAGAACAUCUCCUAUUGAUAAAAUGUAUGUGAAGGUUGUUAAUAUAUAUAUAUAUUAUGUAGACUGGCAUACAUGUACUGUCCGCGAAAGAAAGGUCUGUAUAAUAAAACAUCUAUUAGAUAAAAAAA